AUGCGUGCACCUGUCCUGUCAAAUAUCGUGCUGGUGGGUGGAACGGGGCGAGAUAGUGCUACUCGCGGCUGGGUCCUUAAGGUUGACGAUCCGGUAGCAAAGUAUUGUGUCUUCCCGCCAUCCGGCAUGGCGAUCUUUGCGGCGUUCGAGAGCCAGAGCUUUGAAUUCCCUUCCUCCCAGCGGCGGAAAGACAGCGCGCUAUAUCCGGGUUGCGGAAUGGUCGACGCGCCCUUGUCUCUCCAGCGGGAUUUUCGUCCCUCCCGUCCUUUGAGACGUGUGCUGCUCAUGCCCCACGAGACGGCGGCAAACAGCCCGCACCUACAUGAUACCAGCGGGACCUUCGGCUAUUAUGCGAUGCUCAGUACAAUGGGACCCGACAUUAGCGACUCUUCAGACAACUUCUUCCGCGCUUUAUCGGGUCUUUUCGAGGACGACAAACACAGAUCUGGCCCAGGCGGCGGGACACCCAACAGCCAAAACGCAGCGGAAAUUCGCCGCUACAGGACUGCCUUCACGAGGGAACAGAUCGCCCGCCUCGAGAAGGAGUUUUACAAGGAGAACUACGUGAGUCGGCCGAGAAGGUGCGAGCUGGCGCAGGAGCUGAAUCUGCCCGAGUCGACGAUCAAGGUGUGGUUCCAGAACCGGCGCAUGAAGGACAAGCGGCAGCGCCUCGCCUUGGCCUGGCCCUACGCGGACCCUGCACUGGCGGCCUACCUCCUGCACGCGGCCGCUGCCACGGGCGCCUACCCGCCCUACCUGCCGCCCUCGCUCACGCCAGGAUCUCCAUGACUCCGCCCAUUGGCUAUAACAUGCCGUCACACCCGCCCUCGCUUACUCGUUUUGCGCCUUACCCGCGCCCUCAUCCCGGUCUGCUGUCGUCCCCCUACCUUCGGCCGGGAGACCUCCGCCCACAUGACGUCCAGACGGCACUGCCCUCCUCCCCUCUCACGCCCACGCCCGUGUCACCUCGCCCAUUAGUCGGAGGCCACCUCGCCACGUGUCCGCUCAGAGACUCUCCAAAAGUGGGCGGAGACUCGUGUGUUUGCGGCCUCCUGUACCCCGCCCUCCCCCUCUCUCACGCCCUCCGCCCCGUGGCCCCCCCCCCCCCCGAACCCCCCCUCCGGCCCCCCGUCCCUUGCGACGCCCGGGGCAUCGCUCGGCGGCCGCGCGUCCCCCCACAAGACCUCCUCUGGGCCCUCGCUCUUCCAGCCCUACAGGGACGACCCUUAAGACUUCUCAGACGUCAAGAAACUCUUAGGCAUUAA